CAAUUUGACUCCUGCUCAAUCAAGAACACUAUUGAGGAACGCAUUGAUUGAUAUGGAUGGAUCAUGGAGUUAUAAUUAUUAUUUUAAUAACUUCAUGGAUAGAUCGUACUGAGGACUUAUACAAAUAUUGAGCUCUUGAAUUCAGCAAUCAAUUUGAUACUUCUAGAAAAUUCAUUUUAAGACUUAAUUGAUACGGGUACUAUUUCAGCAGUGCACGAGUAACUAUAUAGCCAACAAUGGAUACUUCAACGGAAACACCUUUCUACUGUAAUUUUACGUUGAUUGAAAUUGUUAACUACCAACUUCAAACAAGAUCAGACACAUAUAAUUAUUAUUAUAUCAUUGUAUGCAUUUUUUGUUCGAUUUCCAUUGUUUUAAAUCUUCAUGUAAUUCUUCCGUUUAUAUUUGAAAGAGAUUUACGAAAGCGUCAUCAUAUUUUAAUUGGUUCGUUGGCUCUCUCCGAUUGUUUGUUUGCAGUGACAAUUCUGAUCUCAACCGCCGGUGGAAACCUUAAGCCUAACACAAGGAUGCUUCUAUCUAUAAUUGGUGUAGCUGCUGCGAUCAUCUCACUGCAGACAUUAGUAGCGAUUGCAAUCGAAAGACUCUUCGUUAUUGUUUUAUAUCCAUUUGAUAAAAAUGUGAAUUCACCAAAGAGACUGUUUGCUGUGGCAUCAAUGAUCUGGAUUUUGUCUUUCACAUUUACACUACUCAUGAAUUAUUUGGGAAAUCAAAAGACGUUGGAUAAUAGUCUAGGUAUUUGGAACCUGUUGAUCCUUCUAGUUCUUCAUGUUGUAUAUUUCAUAAUAUAUAAAAGUGUUGCCAGACACGAAAAGAAGAUGGCAUCAUCUAGAUCACGAGGAUUCUUUGUAUCCAAGAGUCUUCUCAAGACAUUUUCAAUAAUCAACGGCUCGUGUGCGGUUUGCUGGCUACCGAUUGAUAUCCUUCGAAUCUUGGACAUUUUCUUUGAUUUAAGCUGCAAGGAAGAGUUUUAUAUUGACCUAUAUCUUAUCGGAUUCAGUUUAGCGGUAGUAUACCCUGUAAUUAACCCGCUGGUCUAUGGCUGGAGACUUAAAGAUCUAAGGGAAGCUACCCACAGACGUAUGUUGAGGUUAUGUAACAUGUGUCGCGGAGGUUAAGGAAUAAGCUUAAGCCCUGUCCAGAUUUUCGCAUUUUAUAUGACCAAAAUAUGUGUCUAAAUAUGGUAAUAAUGAAUAUAUAUAUAUAUAUAUAUAUAUAUAUAUAUAUAUAUAUAUAUAUAUAUAUAAUAUAUAUA